GAUGAUUGACAGCCGGCUCCUCCAACGAGACGGCGGCCGACUUGUCUGGCCGCCUCCCCCCUUCUCCUCCUAGUCAGACUUUGUUGCUCUCGUGCCCCGCUAGUCCGUCUCCAGUCUCUCCGGGGAGCCGAAGAACAGCUCGACAAAAUCCCAGCCAUGGAAGGCGACAACAUAAUAAUGCCUGUUUGACUCGGGGACAUUUACCAAGAUGCCAGGCCUUUUGUCCAGUCCUGUGUGUCUGACAGUCAUCUGGUUUUUAUCUUGGUCGCUGCAUCCUAGUUGUGCUCAGAUUUGGACUGAUGAAGUGUCAGGCACGCAGUAUGGGCACUUGGAGUCAAAUGUGACACUGGCAUGUGGGAAGUCACAAUUCAGGAUACCUGUGGUGUGGCAUCUCAACCACAGCUCAGCGUUGCCAUGGCACAAAGUAACAUCAGAUGGAGCCUUAGUCCUGCUGCACGUUGGCCACUCAGCACAGGGCAUCUACAGCUGCUAUGAUAACCGGGGGCUGCUCCUCCACUCCGUCAAACUCAGGCUGGGUCAUCCCCCUGGGCUGCUGAGCAUUUCCUGUCAAGUGCCCAAUCACACUCAUGUUCGCUGCUCCUGGAUGGAAUCUGUAAAGACCUUCCUGCCAGCCCAGUACAAUGCCUCCUUCAGGGGCAAUGGUCAGGAGUGGAUGCCAUGUGUCAUGGAUGUCACCCGCAAGCAUUGUGAUGUAGAUCACCCCGCCUUCUGGCAAACCAUCCAUACCCUUCGAAUCACUGAGACCAAUGCCCUGGGGUCUGAGACAACAUAUGUCCGGUUUAAGUUACAUGAGCUAUUGAAACCAAACCCUCCAGAGUCAGUGUUCGCGAAGGAGCUAGAAGGUUAUCCAAAGAGGCUGAUCGUCUCGUGGAACUUUCCCUCCUCCUGGCCGCUGCAUGAGGCUUUUCCCCUAGUGUUUCAGAUCAGAUACAGGCCGCAAGGCUCUAUGUACUGGUCAGAGAUUUACUCAGAGGAGAGUCCAGUUGUCAUAUUUGAUGCCCUGGCUGGCCACCUCCACCAGGUGCAGAUACGAGCCCGUGACGAGGUGAACGCUGACAGCCAGUGGAGUGAAUGGAGUCCCCUGCUUCUAGUCCGGCCCUGGGAAGUAUACACCACCCCAGACCCUGCAGAGCAGCUCCCACCAGAUGAAAGAUUUCCAGACUAUUUUUUUCCCUUCAACACAAAGCCCGAAACCUCGACUGCAAAAUCACACAAUCCUGUACCUGAGGAUGAAAGUAAUUUGGGUUUGGUGAUUCUGCUGGUUUUGUUCUCCGUGGUCAUCCUCAUCACUGUCCCUUCCCUUAUCUAUGUCAUGUGGGUGAGACAGAGGCGGCGCGAUCACGUUACCAAACAGGAACUCACCUCUAUGGUCAAGAUGAAGUCCAUGCCAAUCUAAUGUUGAUUUCAAGCAUCUUCUCCUCAUCAGCCCGUUCUAGGGCUCCUCCCAAAAGUCAGCCUUUGCCUUUACCAAUGUAGCGUGCUGACCGUCCGCAUUCAACUACAUAAACAACAAUGAAUCAUUCAAGAGUCCAUCCAGGAUCCAGGACAACAAGGAUGAACCUGUAUAGGAAACUGUCACGUAGGGUGAAGUUGCCCAUUAUAUAAAAGCUGACUGAAGUGUGGGUAUUGCAAAAAAUCACAUGUGCAGGAUUUUCCUGGACUUAUUCAAUGGUUUCAUCUAGCUGCACUACCCAGAAUGCAUCAGCAGACUCACUCUACUGUCCACGGGGACAUGGAAAACAGCCCCUACUCUGUUCCUUCACUUCAGCAGCUUCACUGCUGUUCACUUCUCAGCGGACUGUGGGAGCGACACUGCACCAGGAACUUUGGGUUCACUCACUACCGAUGCUGCUUCAGGUGGACUGACUCCUCCGCCUCUUUGGAGAGGGGUUACAUUGUUUUUAACUUUUGACAUUUCAAGCAACAAGUAAUGACAGGAAGUGCAGCUGCCAAACAGGAGAACAUAGGUUUGUUUUUGUGGGAAGAAGAUGAUUUUUUUUUUUUUUUUUUUUUUUUUUUUUUGUGGGACAAUUUGCUUCUCUUCUCCCACCCAGAACUCCUCACUUUCUUUAUUUUUGUUUGAGAUUUGAUUUUGAGACAGAUUAAUGUGUGUCCGUUAUUACAUCGACUGACCGACCGACUCAACGCUGUGAAGGAAUCAUAACUUCUGCCAGUCUCUCUGUGUGCGUCUGAUGCCAAAGCAGCAACUUCGGGCAUUAUGGUCUCAGCUGAGGGGCAGCAAACCUGUUUCUGGCUCCUGACCUGAGGGGACAUGGAGAAUCAGGUCCAGGGUGGGCGGGCUGGGUUAUUUAGACUUUAUUUCAUUUACAGUAUGACAAGUGAUUUUAUGUUGCAUGAUGUACUUGUUUUGUUGUCUGAUGUCCUUAGUGCAGGUGUUAUUUUGUUUCUUUUGUCAUACCUUUUUCUAUCCAUCCAUCCUCUGUUCCUGAAUGUGUGUGAAGAAAGACACAUAUGACAAAAAAGAGAUAAGAAAAGAGAUACAGGCCUAUCACAAACCACCAGCAUUAUGACAUUACAUAAAUACUUAGUUAAUUAGAGAAUAUUAAACCAUAGAUAUUCAACUCUCCUGUCUAGACUCAACCCCUGACAACUUCUUUCUCAAGUCAGGUUUGAAAUGAUUAUACAGUCUGUCAGCAUUUCUAUAAGAGAUUAAACAAUGUCUGCCCACUCAGGGAUAAAAGUCAGUCUUAGUCAAGUUAAAUCAAAUCCCAAUAUUUUUACUAUCAGUCAAUCUGAGGAAUAUUUUCUCAUGUUAUAGUCAUUUAGUCUAUAAAAACUAAAAAAAAAAUCAUCAUAAUUUCCAUUGCUGGUUUGUCGACUUAAAUGAUAUUGAAUUUAAAAUGACAGAACAGAGAAAGCAGCAAAUCCUCACAACUAAAAGAUGAAACGAGUAAAUAUUUGGCCAUUUCUUGAUUGAUUGACCAAUUGUUCAGCACUUGGCCACUGUUAGAACAUUUAAAGGGUUAGUCAGCCAGGUUAUUACCUAAAGAUAAUGAAAGGCCACAAGGUCAAAUAGAGACCAUUUUAAGAGGAGUUCAUAAUAGUUUGCCUAUGUUAGUAACUUGUUUUACUCUGUAUGUAUUGAGAUUUUAAAUCAGGUAGAAAUACAUUAUAACAUGUUUUUUCAUUUAGAAAUGUGUGAGGGGACAAAAGUUAAUUUGGUAAAAGUUUUUAAGCACAAAGUACUUUGAGAAAUAAUCAUAUUACCUAAAAGUCCUUUUGGAAAUUACUCAUGAAAAAUGCAAGCGGAUGCAGAGUGCAGCUUCAUAUGCUGAUAAUGUCAGUAAGAGCAAACAGUGUUUAGAAGUGCCUGUUAUUUCACAACUUUGACAUGGUAUUCUUUUCACGUGGUGAGUGAGCUCUCAAAUCACUGCUACCAUCACUGCACCACCAGAAAACGGUUUCUGGACGCCAGUUACUAUGGAAACAUUCAGUAGCAUAUAUGUUCACACUAACUGAGAAGUACACACUACAGUAAAUUAGAACGAAUGUUGAUGAGGAGGUUUGGUAGGGUGAUACUUUGAGGGAAAUGGUGAAGUGUAGGAGGAUAUAAACAGUGGGGCAUUGACACUAAUCAGUAGCAUAAACAGUGGGCAUGGACAGCUUCAUUGUAAGUGUAACUGAACAUUAGUGAUUGUACUGAUUUUACUUAACAUGGCAAGAACAUCGCCACCUCGCUGACUGACAAACCAGAAGCCUCUUGUUUUACCAGUCAAGCUUUCACUAAGUGCUCAGUUAUCCCAUGAUAGUAGAGUUUAUGUGGUUGAAUCAGAGUGUGUUAGUUGGAGGGUGUGUACAUGAGAUGAGUACAAAGACAAUGACGUGACAAGAGCGGCUCCCGCUCACUGUACUUGUGUCUCACAACCCGUCAACUAAUUGAAAAUGAAAGAUUUCUGGGUGGCUAGUGCUUAACCGUAUGAAAAGCACCAAAUACCUCUAGUACAGUACAGUAGAUCUGGUUUAGUUCUGCUUUUGACACCUGCACCUACAAACCUUGUGUCCUGGCUAACUUUUUGCCACCAAUGGAAGCAAGAGGCUGCACUGCUUGAGAGGGCAGCUCGCUUUAAAACAUUUCUCUCUUCCUUUGUUUCUGUUGGUCUGGUUAUUCUACUCUGUUGAUCCAAAGCUGUGUCUUUGUCAACCCAGUUGAUUGAUUGAUUGAUAGAUUGAUUGACUAACUGUGUAGUUUGUAUCAGAAACACAAGGUGCAUCUAAGUCGAACUUUUUUCCAGUUUGACAACUGUAUGUUCUCUCAAGCUAGCUCCACGUAUUAUGCAUGAAUCCAGUUGAAGCUUUUUUUGUAUAUUAUUGUAUAUCACACUUAAAAAAAAAAAAAACAAAUGUAUGUUAUAAGUGAUGUUUAUAUGUAGAGAUUAAAAGAAGCAUUCUUUGGGAUAGUUUCACAGACAUGGUUUAACUCGGUCUUGCGUUAAAUGUAUAAGUAGUUUACAGUUUAUCAUUUCAUACAGUUGAUACCCUGCAGAUAUUGGGUUUGCGGACAGAUUUUAUCCAUAUGUUAGCCUUAAAUGCUCCAAAUAAAAUAUUGUAGGCCAAUAAUGAAUCCAUUAGACACAAUGGAAGAUAAUACAAAUUUCUUAUGAGGAAUCUAACCAGAGCAAAUGGCAAAAAAUGUUCAGUCGAUCCUCAUAUCGCCUCUGACGUUUAGAAUCAGUAAUUCUAGAUAACAUUGCAAUGCAAAAUCCUCAACUGACUGAAGGGAGAUUGCCACUGAAAGAUAGUACUAGUGACGGAGGAUAAAUCAUGUCUUGAGAAGCUUCUCAGCGUUGUGUGUUUGUGUCUUUUUUCCCCAGUUAUAUGAAGCUGUGUUACUGUACGGUUACUGUAUGGACAAUGUGUUUACUGAAUUCAUCUUCAUCCAACUUGCAUUUCUUUCAGUGUUCAAUUUUGUUUAUUUCUUUGCAGUCAGAUGAACCACAGAUUAUUUUUAUUAUUUUUAUUUUUUCUUGCAGCUCUUCCUGAAUUCCUGUGGCAACACUCACAAAGAAAGCAAAACUGUUUUCUCUUUCUAAAUUAUAGUUGAUAGAAAGCUGAUCCUCUACUUUGGAGAAAAAUGUGUUUGUCCUUUGUAGCUCCAAAAGAAUGAAUUAUCUGAAUUUUUAGAGUCUGUGUAAACUUAAAAGAAAUCUGCAUACUGCUAAAUAUCCUAUCAACAAAACCUAAAAUUCAAAAUUAAAUACAUUUAUUCAUGUGUAUACGCUGGAUUUGGAAACUGGCAAUAGAUAUCCUAGUACUGAAUGAAAGUACAUUUUCAAGUUACCAUCCAUCACGUUGAAUUGUAUGCGUUGCAUUGAAUGUGCAGUAUCCGUGACUGUUUUCCAUCCUGUUUUUGAGGUUCAAAGUGAUUUGUUUUCUUUCUGCACAGUGUGUAACUAUCAAUUGCCACCUUUCUCUUUCACUUUAGUGGUGUUUCCUCUAUUAUCUUCUCUUGUGGACACACAUGUGGUCUUCUCAGUCUGUCCAUGUUCCUCUGCAGUAUGUGAUAGCAGAUGGAGCCUGUUAGUUUUAGUUCUUUCAACUCAAAUUACACUCAGGCAUCCAUUCUCAGAUGUACAUAGUCUUUUUUUUUUUUUUUUGCUUUUUUUGCUUUAUGUGUACGACAGAUAUCACCAUAAGCUGUUUUUUUUCUCCCUGUCCUUGUAUGUUUCUGUGAAAUAAAUACUAUUUUAUCACA